CCCACUCAUCCAUCUCAACGCCUCACUCGACGAUAUGCAAUUGUAUGUCUCCAAAUGCAUCGUCGGUUACAGAUGCCUGAAACUAUAGAAGAUCCCCUGUCCUUCCUUUUAAACCAACUUCCCGCCAAGAAACCUGCCUCAUCUCAUUCCGUCACCCCUUGGCACAUUAGAUGGCCCUCCAUCUGCCUUAUCCUUCAUGAACUUGACCAGUUACAACAAACUAAGCCGAUUCUUCCUACCCCACCCAAUCCUAGUCAGCGUUUCUUAGAUUGGCUUCCUCCUUCUCCUACACUACCUGUAUAAUUUUUACAUUACACCUAUCGCGUCCUUCCUUUCCUUUAUGUUUUUCCUCUUGCUCCUAAAGAGGUUUUUUCGUUCCUUAUCCCUUUAAACUGAUCCGUCCCGGACAAAUUUGAUGUAUUUAAUAACACCUCGUGCUCAAAUGGGGUCAUGU